CCGCCGCCCUCCUCCUCACCUUCUCGUCCUCGAAGAUGAUCUUCGCCGGGAUCUCUUUGCGGAUGAUCUUCCCGAAGAUGGUGUCCCCUCCCGGCUGCGCCACCUGCGCUUUGCUGAUCUCGUCAGCCAUCGCGAACCGCCGCCUCACGCGACCCUCUCGCUCGCUCGCCCCGCCUUCCGCAUCCCGGCCCCACCCCCUCGGUUCCAUCCAACCAAUGAUAGACCUUCACGAGGUCUUGAAGCUUUUCAAAACUUUGCACAGAACGAGACAACACGUUUUCAAAAAUGAUACUAGAGCCCUAGAAGCUGCGAGACUUAAGAUAAAUGAAGAAUUCAAAAAUAAUAAAGAUGAGACUUCUUCUGAAAAAAUAGCUGAGCUUGUGAAAAUAGGUUCAGAUGUAGAAUUUAUACUCAGAACAUCUGUCCUUCAAGGUGUUCAUGUGGAUUCCAACCAAUGCUUGUACCAAGAAAAGAACUGCUGCUGGACAACGUGCCUUUCAGCGACACACCAAAGCAAAAAUCAUGAAUUGGGGAGAAUAAAGUUUUUUUGGUCAUUAUUAACUGCAGUGUGACUUCUUUCCUUGCAU